AUGUCGCCAGUAGUAGCGCCAAACCCACGGCGGUCAGGCCAAGUUGACGCUGGCGGCCAGGACAGUUCGGCACAGCGAGUGAGGCGAUGGGCACCCCGAUCCAGGACAGGCUGCCUGGGCUGCCGUGCGAGGCGUGUCAAGUGCGACGAACUUAGGCCCAAGUGUAAGAGCUGCCAGAAGCGCAACAUCAUGUGUCAUUAUGAGCUUGAUCCUCCCGGCGCGGAUGCGUCAUUGGGUGUUACGCAUGAAGCGAGAAUUGCGGCACAGUCAACCCCCAGUGCGAGCGGCUGGCGCGACCAUAACAGCGCCCGUCCCGUCAAGUGCGGCGAACAGCAGCCAACUUGUCGGCGUUGCGUUAAGCCCGGCUACACCUACUCUGGCCUCUUGUCACCUCCACCACAGCCAUGGGGAAUGCCCGAACGUGGACAGUCGCCCUCUGAUGCCGCCUCAUCGAGCGGCUCCUCACCGGGCGACUCUCAACAAUCUCAGGCGACAGCGCUGCUGUCUCCCGCCUCACGAGCUCUGCCGAUGCGCCGCCGGGGCAGAUGGCCAACUCGACAAAGCCAAGACGUCACCCCGCCCGCGGAAAUUCGGCCGCCAGAUUGGUAUUAUACAGAGGCCGUAUUUUACUUUAAUACGUGUCUACUGGACAAGAUUUCGAAAUUUGAAGCAAUUCCCAUCAAGUAUCACAGGCCUAUAGGGAACAACGAGGCAAACUACGAUGCAUUUAUUGCUUUUAUCCUUGCCUACCGCAUUACACAAAUAUCACAGGACCAGGGCAGUGUGACCCAGCCUAGCGAGGCCUACCAUACGAAACAUUUAUGGGAACGCCUAUACAUGUGCAUAUCAAACCAAAUUACCUGUAUUAAUCACGAAAUGGCACGAAUGGGUUCUAGCUUUGCAGCUAGAAACAGAGUCUUGACCAGGAUCCAGGGCAUCAAAUGCGUCGAGCUAAUGCUGCAAUCCCCGAUUUGGAAGCACCACACGGAAGGGUUCUUGUCCCUAUUAAGAUUCUGUGGGGGCGCGAAGUUCGCGCAGGGACGACAGUCCUUGAUCAAGAAUUCCAAAGGCAUAAUAAUGGAAUCUGUCCUGGCCAAUUCCGUUGGUCCGCCGAAUAACCAAAUUAUUGGCGUAUCCGCCUGGCAGGCGCACUCGCCAUCGUACAACGCAUCGAUGCGUUCCAACCACUGA